AUGUCCGCUGCAGCAGUUGCUAACAUCAGCUUGUGCGAUAAGCCGAAAUACGACGGCCACAAAUUCUGUGGAAGAACUUGCGCGACACAAGCUACUCAAGGAAACCUCUGCAUCCAAUGCAACAAGAGGCCUAGGUUUGGUAACCAUGACUAUUGCGGGAAGACAUGCGCCGCUCAAGCCCAAGCAAAGCAGAAGCCAACCGCUGCUAGAGUCAACGUCGCGUUUGGGACACCAAUCCAGGGAACUGCGAACUCUGCUGCAAGGGCCCGUGGGCAGGCUUCGCUAGUCGCUUCCCAGGAUCUAAAUAGGAGCUUUUCGUCAGAAGACGACUCCGGAGAUGAUGCGGAGGAUGACCCCGUCAUCCCUCCUAUGAACGUCUCCGAGGGGCACCAGUCCCCACUUCGUAGUACUACAUCGGCUAGUCCGACUGCGGCUCAGGCACCAGCAAUUUGCGCCAUCCCGGACUGCAACGAGCCAGUAUACGUCGACCCUGCGGGACUCCAGACGAGUGAAUACUGUUCGACGAAGCAUCGCGAGUACGUAUUUAUUGCUGUAAUUCAAGUCGCUGCUAUUACUCAGUGUCUGGUCUUCUGCGAAUCAGAGAAGCCGUGA